AGGAUAAAAGGAAAGCUCGCCGAACGGGACUGCACACAGGUAGCAACAUCGGCUGUUGAACGUAAGGAUGAACGGACUUCUCCUCAUUUGUCUCUCGCUUGUAGCUGAGUCAUGGGCCGUGCCCAAAACCGUCCUAGCACCAAGACAUCCUUCCGAGGAUCUGAUCAAUGGCGCCCUAGCACCAAGACACCCUUCCGAGGAUCUGAUCAAGGCCGCUAAAGAGGUAGAACAGCUGUCCCAUAGUAGGAUUAUCGGAGGCUCGGAUGGCCAAAUCAGUGAAAAUCCUUGGCAGGUGUCAAUCCGAUCUUGGAACUCCCAUAUAUGUGGAGGUGUCAUCCUUGAUGAAACUACUGUCCUGACCGCUGCCCAUUGUCUAGGGAAUGCUGCUCGGACUUACAGUAUACGGUACGGUAGUGGAGCAUUAGCAACUGGUUACAGUGUCAGUGUUACUUCUACCAAGCUGCAUGAAAACUAUGGUGUUGGCUCUGGAGGAUUUCCGAACGAUAUUGCAAUAAUGAAGGUACAAGCAAUGAGCUUUAACGGGAACGCGCAGCCAAUCAGUUUGACACAGCGUUCUAACAACGACCUAGCAGAAGGAGCAUUGUGUAGGAUCACCGGCUGGGGUAACACUAACGGCGGUACUAGCAGUAUUCCGGACAAUCUGCAGGAGGCCGAAAUGAGCGUUAUAACUGACUCGGCGUGCGAGGGACAAUGGGGGAACAACAUAUGUCGAUCUUGUCACGUUUGUGUCUACGGCGAUGGAGAGCGCAGUGCAUGUAACGUAAGCGAAUAG